AUGUUACGAGCUGUACUGGAUUGUACCCCGAAAUUCGACGUUGCCAGGCCCCAAGCGCCAGAUCUCAUCCACCUCCAAGCCCCAGAUCCCGCAACACCGACGACGAUGGAACAAAAUACACAAUCCGCGACCGACCCCAACUCCACUGCAUCCCACCAGGGCGACCCAAACGAUAGAGCUGACAAUAGUAAUGAAGUCGAAGUGGCUGGCCAGGUGCAGGACCCAUCUGGUGCUACGAACGGCACGGGGAACGGAGUAUCCAACAAUCAUAAAGGCCAUUCCUUAGCAUUCGAUAGCGAUCGGGUUGACAAUGAGGCCACCGGGAAUUCCACAGGGCGUAGCGAUGCCACAAGUGCAAGAUUCCGAGAAGACCUGGGGAGGGGAAAGAGAUCUGACGAGUUAGAAGAUUUGGUGGAAAAUAUGAAGGAGGCUGCGAAGGAGAAAGAAUCUAAAGGUUCUGGGUCUGCGGAGGAAUCAGCCCUUCAAGAUUCUCUCAAAAAACGCAUCAAGGAUCUAGAGAUGGAACUCUCGACACAUCAAGCAGAAGCUACAGCGCUCCGCAAAUCUCUUGCAGAUCAGAAGGAAGCGACUACGAAGGAUCUAGAUGACAGAGGAAAACUGCUAGCGAAGGUGCAAGAAGAAAAGCAAACCCUUGAUACCCAAUACAAGACACUGCUUGGGAGAGUUGCAACUAUCAAGAGCACCCUUGGUGAGAGGCUGAAGUCCGAUGCCGAAGAACUCGAACGCUGUAGAGCUAUGGUGGAGGAGCUAGAGGACCAAAACCGAAGUCUUACUGAGAACGUCCAAGACCUCCAUGGUCAGUUGGGGAAAUCACAAGAGACCAGUAGGGAAACCUCGAAGGAGUUAACUGUUCUCCGACACCGCAUGAACCUUUCUCAACAAAAUUGGGCAAAGGAACGAGAGGACCUGAUUAGCUCAGAAAAAUUUCUACGCGAAGAAUAUGAAGCUGCUAAGCACGCUAUGCAGGAUUGGGAAGUUAUUGCCCUCGAGGAGCGAGCUGUUCGCGAGUCGUUGGGAGAACGGCUUAUUGAGCUCGAAGAUCAGAUAUCCACUCAGAAAGCAGCAUAUGCUAUGGUUGUCACAGAGAAAGAGAGGGAAUCUAACGCAGUCGUUGGCUUGCAGAGAUCCCUGCAAGAUAUACAAAAUGCCCGCAAACAAGAACUCAGGGACGUUGUUGAAAGCACACAAGCUCAAAUUUCUCAAUUAAUCCAGAAAGGAGAGACCCUGGAGAAACGUUCUAAAGAAGCUGAGUCUCAACUGCUCCAGGCACAACAAGACCUCCAGCGUGUUUUACCCUUUGAAAAGGAAGUUAAGGAAAAGGGUCUGUUGAUUGGAAAGCUUCGGCAUGAAGCCGUUACAUUGAACGACCAUUUGCGAAAAGCCCUUCGGAUGCUCAAGCGCGAUAACGCAGAUGACAAAAUUGACAAACAACUAGUUACCAAUGUCUUCCUCCAAUUCGUUAGCAUUCAACGAGGUGACGCCAAGAAAUAUGAAGUACUACAGUUAAUUGCUUCUGUCCUUGAUUGGAAUGACGAACAACGUGAAAAGGCUGGGUUGGUUCGCCCAGGCACUUCGGCAAAUUCCUCCUCCAAUAAUACUCUUAAAACGCCCCCGUUAUCCCCAUUUCAUCGCUCCCCAAGCACACCCACUCUCAGUGAUGCUUAUGAUGGAAGUAAGGAUUUAUGGACAUCCGUGUUUGGUUCUGAAAAGUCAUGAUCUAUUUUUCCCCCUUCAUCUUAACAUUCCCUCAACCUUCCCACUGUAACCUUCUGCGCUCUGUACAUAUACCGGGGAUACAAAUGGGAGUUCAUGGAUCUGUUGUUAGCUGUCUUGUUUUGGUUUCCCUUCUUUCUCCUUGUUACUACAGUAUGAUACUUAUUUCUUUGGUUUCGGGUUUUCUUGAUUUUCCUCCCUUCGGAAUUUUGCUCAGGCAACCAAGGGCAUUUACGAUCCAUUAGACUGCUUUUUUAGGGUACUUUUUCGCUUUCCUUACAAAAUAGCUCGCAAUAAUCAAAAAUCCGCCGGCAGAACUAA